GUGACUUCUGCGUUGCUGGCAUCCCAAUCCAACUCGAAGUUUGGCCAAUUUCGAAGAAAUUACUUGGUUCUGAUUUUUCUCACAUUUCUUUCCAUGUCCCCAUUACGAAUUCACCCCGUAUGUACGCGUGAAUCUCUUCUGAGUUGGAAAAGUAUGUUGAGUUGACUAUGGGGAUGCCACUUCAAAAGUAAGUCCUCUUUGCCCAGGAGUGCCAAGACUUAUGAUCAUCAUCAAUUGAUUCUUAAUGUCUAAAUCUAAGAUUUUGAGCUCCUGAUCUUGGAAUUAGACAACAGUUAGCACAAUGAUGGGUUUCAGUACUACUGCAGAGUCCGCCUCAUGUUUCUUCUUCUCUGCAUGGAAGAAACUAGCAUCAUGUGAUAAAAGUAGGAAACGCAGACAAAACCAAGACUGGGCCUUUAUGGAGGAAUUAUCCCGCCGAUUUUCGCUAGCUGAGAUCAUAGCAGCCACUGAAUGCUUCAACGACAAGUUCCAUAUUGGUAGCAGUGCCAUGAGCACAGUCUAUAAAGGGUACAUCGACGGCGGGGCAACUGUUGUUGCAAUCAAGCGAUUUACAGGCAGUAGACAAGACUUCAGGAAUGAGGUGCUGCUGUCCUGCCAGCUGCGCCACCCCAACCUUCUCCCUGUUAUUGGAUUCUGUGAAGAAAAGGAGGAACUCAUCCUUGUCUACGACUACAUGGCCAAAGGUGCCCUCUCUUCUAAGCUGUUCAAAAGAGCGGAUCUUGAUCCGCUGCCCUGGAGGCAAAGGCUGAACAUAUGUAUCGGGAUAGCACGCGCAUUGCAUUAUCUCCAUGCAGGGCUAAAACUUGCUAUUGUCCACCGCGACGUGAAAUGCUCCAUCAUACUAUUGGAUGAAAGGUUCGAAGCAAAGGUUUCAAACUUACUAACGUCCAAGAUGGGUCCUCCUAGUUUGUCAAAUAAAUUCAUACGAGUGACCUCUGACAGGAUCGUGGGCACUUUCGGGUAUAUUGAUCCCGAGUAUUUCCAUUUGGAACAAUUUACAGAAAAAUCUGAUGUCUACUCAUUUGGAAUGGUGCUGCUGGAAGUGUUGACUGCCAAAUGGGCAAAAGAGUUUCAUACAUACACAGGCAGGCCGGACACCUUAUGCGAUAUAAUGGACCCUUCUUUGAGGGGUAAAAUAGCUCCUGAUUGUUUGCAAAAAUUUAUGGAUAUCGUUUACAGAUGUGUAAGUCCUACAGGAGCAGAGCGGCCCUCAAUGGGCGAAGUGCAAGUGGAACUGGAGUGCGCAUUGGAGCUGCAAGACAGCGCAGAUGCCAAGAAGGACGCUUGUGUUGGUCUUGCAGGUGACUAUAGCUACGAAGGGAUGUCAAUUUGUGAAAUUAAAGAUAUUUUCUCAUUUUUGUUUAGGCAGCUGUCAACUUCGGAUGUGUCAAGUCUUGAUUUGAAUAGCAACGAUUUUUCUGCUUCUGAUGAUGGUUGAUUAAAAUCCGAUAGGGCAACAAUAAUGUAGACAUUUUCAUGUAUACCAUGCCCUUAAAUCCAUUUGUUUUUAAGUAAACUCGUAUUUACGUA